AUGACCGGCGGACCUGCCGCGGUGCACGCCUUGCUGCGGUCGGCGCUCCCGCACGUUCCGAGCAAGGGCUUUAGCCUCGCUGCGAUUCGCGUAGCUGUUGAAGAGAGUGUGCUUCUCAAGCAGAAAGCGGGCGAAGAGACCGCGACGCCUACCAACGUCGACCGUGCGUUGGAACGUCUCUUUCCCGGCCCCGACACGGCCCCGACCUCGGGCCCGCGCCGGCUGUUUGCUGCAUGGGACCAAGAGGCAGGCACACAGAUGGUCUCUGAUGCCAAGACCGCUUUUGGCGCCGACCCGAAAAAUAACCACGACGCGUUCCAAGGCUCGGUCGAGCUGCUGAGCGACCGCCUUUGCGCGAGUGCCGUGGUGCAGCCGCAUUUGCUUCCGGCUUUUACUCUCCUCUCGAGCGAGCCGUUGCUGCCGCUCCCGAGCCUCGUCCAGCGCCUCGGCCUCAGCCCACGAACCGUUCCCUUCACCGGCUCGCUGCCGAACCCCGGACCCCUGCUGCAGCGCUAUGCAGCGCUUGCUAACCAGGCAUGCUUCGCGGCAGGCAUGACCGGCCACCACGGACCGGAAUGGUACUCGCUCCGUGCGCGUCUCGCCACAGCCUACGGCGCUGCAGGCAUCUUCCGUAGCUUCGGCCUCUAA